AAAAAUGAAUUCGACUGCGUGUACUAUCCUCAAGCGAAUCGGAGAUUUAACAUCUUCCCAGUUUUAUGUUCCAUUCUUAUCCAUGUCUUAUCCAUGCCGUCCAUCUCCCAUCUUCCUUUCUUUUUCUUUUUCUUCCGCACCCCAAUAUAACCUCGUCGCAUCUAAACAUAGACUCCUCUUUCAAACGAAACAAGCCAAUUUUUUUGCUUGUUCCUGAUCUACUAAAAGGGGGCUGGGGGAGUGAUCACGCAGCGGCUAAAAAGCAAUAUCGCAGACGCAGAUCAUUAUGCAUUCCUUUUCUUCUUCCUUUCUUUUCUCUGACUUUUUGGGGAGGGGGGAUUGUGGGCUCCCUCCCAACGGGGCGGUUCGGCGCGUGUGACAGGCAGGGGGGGUCAGGCAUAAAGUAGAGUGUCAGAUGUUCAUGGUGGUGCAACUUUUUUGUCCCCGCACAACCCCGUGUUUCAGGGGGUUUGGGGGGAACGGGGGGA